UCUUAAUGCAAGCGGCUCUCCCUUUAUUUAGAAGAACGCCGUCAGUGGUAACGCCGAGAAUGCUGUAUCCAUCAUCAAUUAUUUCUACAAACCCUAACGGUGUUCCCCACUUACUCCGCCGUUCCAACAUGAUACCCACCCCGGAGCCACCCCCGACGGCGGCGGUAACAUUUCCUUUCUUUUCAAAUCCCAAAGUCGAUCUCUCAAGUCCAAUUCAAAAUACUACCCUAUCAAAAUGCUUCUCUUCAACCACUCCUGUGAGCUCUAUUUUGGACUCCGGAAGUGAAAUGCUGGGAUCCGGCACGGAGUCUAAGCUGGUCGUUGUUUCUUUCUAUAAGUUUGCAGAUUUUCCUGACCACGCAGAGCUAAGGGAACCAUUGAAGGAGCUUUGCGAGCAGCUGCAUGUGUCAGGUGGUAUUAUUCUUGCACCUGAAGGAAUAAAUGGAAGCAUAUGUGGUAUCCAGGAUUCUGUGGAAGAGGUUCUUGCAUACAUUGAACGUGAUAACCGCUUAAAGGGACUGAGAAGGGUGGAGUCUCCAGUGGGUCCUGAAGAAGAGGCCAUUCAUCAUGGACAUACAAGCAGCUCCCCUCUUGCUGCUGGUGAAGGUGCUCCAUUUCGAUGGGAUCACGUUAGGGUUAAGCUGAAAAAGGAGAUAGUCACACUUGGUAUGCCAUCUGUUUCACCAAUUGAAAGAGUUGGAAAGUAUGUUAAGCCAAAGGAUUGGAAUGCAUUGAUAAGUAACCCGGAUGUUGUUGUUAUUGAUGUGCGCAAUGACUAUGAAACUAGAAUUGGGAAGUUCAAAGGCGCAGUAGACCCAUGUACCGAGUCCUUUCGGAAUUUCCCAUCCUGGGUUGACAAUCACUUUGUGCUAAGAGAGUCCAAUGAUCAGACGCAUUCCAGUGUUUCUAAUGCAGUGCCUGAAAAAGAAACUGUGGAAAGGGAAAAGAAGCCACUUCCCAGAGUGGCAAUGUACUGCACAGGUGGAAUUCGCUGCGAGAAAGCUUCAAGUUUGCUCCUAAGGAACGGGUUUGAGGAGGUUUAUCAUCUGGAAGGUGGGAUACUGAAGUAUCUUGAGGAAGUUCCAGAGAGUAUGAGUCUGUGGGAAGGGGAAUGCUUCGUGUUUGACCAGCGGGUCUCGGUUGAACACGGUUUGGUUCAAGGCACGUUCAAGCUCUGCUACGGUUGCAGAGAACCGGUGAGUGAUGCUGACAUGGAAUCUCCAGAAUGGGAGUAUGGAGUUACUUGCCCGCACUGUUUUUCAUCCAAAUCUGAAGAAGAGAAAGAGAGGGCACGAGCCCGGCAAAGACAGUUCAAGAGUUGUGGCAUUAUUGGUGGUCCAAAUAAGGGCCGGAAAACUUCAAAGGUUGACAAUAGCAAAGAACAAAGUCCAUAGUAUGGUUGGUGGUGAACAUUUGCCAUCUCUAAUACAGAAUUGAAUUUAGAAGCCCAUCUGGAAGGGGCAGGGUAGCUCAAGUGGCUCAAUGUGCUGAAAUGCAGAAGUUGGAUGAAAGGACUAGUUUGGAUUCAAUCCCUUAAAUUUAGGGAUGGACUCGGGCCGGGCCAACCGGCCCGGAACCGGACCGGCCCGCUACUGUGCGGGCCCGGACCGGCCCGGUCAACCGGUUCGGUUCCGGUUCGGGCCUCCAGGCCCGGUGGUAUACCGGUCCGGGCCUCCAGUUUAGUGAACCGGCCCGGCCGGGCCGGGCCCGGUUCGGGCCGGAAUUUAUUUAUUUUUUUUUUUUUUUUGAAAUUUUUUUAAGUUUUGGGUUGGAUUAGGUAUUUUGGGCCAUUUGAGGUGGUUUGGGGUGGUUUGGGGUGGAGGGGGAGGGGGUUAAAUAAGAGAAGAAGAAGAAAAAAAAAAAACAUUCCGGGUGGCCCGGCCCGGCCCGGCCCGGUUCUGGCCCGGAACCGGAACCGGAACCGCCCACCACCGGUUCGGGCUCGGGCCUCCUUUUUCUGAACCGAGGCCCGGCCGGGCCCAGGCCCGAACCGGGCCCGAACCGGAACCGGUCCACCCCUGCUUAAAUUGUGAUAAAAGUUACAAGAAUGUAUUUAAGUAGAUUGCAGAUAUUAAUUUAAAGGCAAUUCAUGCGCUACUUUCAUUAUCAAUUUAUCAUAGGCGGUCGGCUUAUUUAGUCUUUAUGUUGUAACCAAUAAUUAGGGUUGUAAGAAAAAUCUUCAAUGACGAAUGAUUUCUCUUGUGGUAGUGAUGUAGAAUCUACAAGCUUUUGUAGAGACAUUCUACUAGUAUAUAAUUUUGACUACAAAUGUCGU